CAAUGCCAAAAGUCUAAGUUGCUUUUAUCCCAUUCCUCAAGCUGCUGAUUGCAUUAAUCGAGCAGUUGAAAGGGCCAAUACUCCAGUAAUUUAUCUUUCUACAGACGCUGCAGAAAGUGAAACUGAUUUAUUGCAGUCCCUUGUUGUGCUAAAUUGGAAGAUUGUACCACUUGUGAAGAGGCCAGCUCGAAAUUCAGCUGAAAAAUGGAAUGCUCUAUUAUAUAGACACAACCUUGAUGGAGAUCCUCAGAACUUCUUGUCCAUUGAUUUUUACCCUAGUUUCAACAAGAUGCCACUCUCAACUCAAAGUGUAUUCACUUUCAUUUUGAAGGUGGAAGCUAUGCUGGAUAAGACCAUCUGUGCCUUGUCUACUGUGUUCAUUGGAUCAUCCGGAUCAACUUUCACAGAAGACAUUUUGCGGCUUCGGAAGGACUGGGGAUUAGCAUCACCCUGUGAUGAGUACCUCUGUCGGGGUGAAGUGCCGAAUUUUAUUGCAGAUGACGAAUGA